GUCCGCAUCUUCGCCGAUACCCAAUACCCAAUGCCCAUUUCGUUCUGGUAAAUAUGGUCAGCCUAAAUUUUCACUUCGACUACCCGCCAGUCCACUAUUCCGUAUAAAUAAAGAUGCGACGGUCACGGCUAAGUGUCGUGUGAAAGUGUACGCCGUCCUGGUAGGAAGUGUAGAUCCCGAGCAACGAUUCAAUCGGUUGCUCCCUUUUAUUCGGCGACCGAGUGCCACGGAAUUCACACACCAGUGUAUUCGUUUCGUGCGCGAGAAAGAAAAGUGCGACGACGAUCAUGUGUAUCCGCAUGACAAUCUGUUUGGCAAUCAUCGUGGCCGUGGUCGCGUGUACUGUUAAUUGCGAGGAAGUGCAAUCGUCAGUCAUCAAAGAGGGAAUAAAUUUAAACGCAACACAAUACAAUGCAACAAUAAACGAUGACAAAAAUUUUUGGGAGUGGAUAUUGGCCGGGAUAUUGUCCCCUAGUGAUUCCACGACUGAAAAUCCGAAACCAGAAACUCCUGAAGGAUGUUUACCUUGCAAAUGCGGUUUGACGAACGUACAGAGACGUAUCGUCGGUGGUGUCGAGACUCAAGUUAAUCAAUAUCCAUGGAUGGUUUUAUUGAUGUACAGAGGACGAUUCUAUUGCGGUGGAUCUGUUAUAAGCUCUUUUUACGUAGUAACUGCCGCCCAUUGUGUCGACAGGUUCGAUCCCAACCUCAUAUCGGUGCGGAUAUUGGAACACGAUCGUAAUUCCACUACAGAGGCAAAGACGCAAGAAUUUCGUGUCGAUAAAGUGAUUAAGCAUAACGGUUAUUCGACGUAUAAUUAUAACAAUGACAUCGCGCUCAUCAAACUGAAGGACGCCAUUCGAUUCGAGGGAAAGAUGAGACCUGUUUGUCUUCCAGAACGAGCGAAAACUUUUGCCGGAUUGAAUGGAACGGUGACAGGUUGGGGAGCGACAGCAGAGUCUGGCGCCAUAUCACAAACUCUACAGGAAGUCACGGUUCCGAUUCUCUCGAAUGCCGAUUGUCGCGCCACUAAAUAUCCAUCGCAAAGGAUUACGGACAACAUGCUGUGCGCUGGUUACCAAGAGGGAAGCAAGGAUUCGUGUCAGGUAAUUAACAACAAUAUGGAUACAUAUCAAAUAGUCGGAAUUGUAUCUUGGGGCGAAGGAUGCGCAAGGCCUGGCUAUCCCGGUGUUUACACCAGGGUGAAUCGUUACCUCUCGUGGAUAAGUCGCAACACCGAGGACUCUUGUUACUGUUGAUUUAAACGAUGAAUAAUAAUCCAAGGUAAUCACGCGUGGAUUACAACAAGAGUCUCGACUCGUGUUUUCGUGAUUAUUUUUAAAUUCAUCGCCUU